AGCUACAUUUAAGCACGUUGACUCUUUAAGAUCGCACAUGUUGUUAACCCACAGUGAGGAAAGAGCUCACCAGUGCAGUAUUUGUAAUAAGACUUUUAAGUAUCCAAGUGGUUUAAAAUGGCACAUGGUGUCCCACAGUGAAACAAAUCUUACAUGCGGUUUAUGUAAAAGUUCAUUUAAUUCGCUACUUGAUUUACAAAUGCACAUGGUGAACCACAGUAGUUUAAAACAACACCGAUGCGAUGUUUGUAAGGCUGAAUUCAAUUCCUUUGAGCAUUUAAACCAGCACAUGUUGAUUCACAGUGAUACGGGACCUCGCGAGUGCAGUAUGUCUAAAGCCACAUUUAAGUGCCCAGAAUCUUUAAGAUCGCACCAGUUGACCCACAGUGAUGAGAGACAUCACCAGUGCAUCUUAUGUAAAACAUUAUUUAAGUGUUCAAGUGAGUUAAAUAGGCACAUGUUAACCCACCGUGAGACGAAAGCUUACCAGUGCAGCUUAUGUGAAAGUUCAUUUAUGUUUUCACUUACUUUAAAAAAGCACAUGUUAACCCACCGUGAGAUUCAGAAGAGAGCUCCCAAGUGCACGAUAUGUAAAAGUUCAUUUAUGUGUUCAGAAGAUUUAAAAAAGCACAUGUUGACCCACAGUAAAGUUACACCUCACCAGUGCAGUAUUUGUAAUAAGGCUUUUAAGCAACCAGGUGAAUUAAAACGGCACAUGGUGUUCCACAGUGAAACAAAUCUUACAUGCCGUUUAUGUAAAAGUUCAUUUAAUUCGCUACUUGAUUUACAAAUGCACAUGGUGAGCCACAGUAGUUUAAAACAACACCGAUGCGAUGUUUGUAAGGCUGCAUUCAAAUCCUUAGGGCAUUUAAACCAGCACGUGUUGAUUCACAGAGAUACAGGACCUCACGAGUGCAGUAUGUCUAAAGCCACAGUUAAGUGCCCAGAAUCUUUAAGAUCGCACCAGUUGACCCGCAGUGAUGAGAGACGUCACCAGUGCAUCUUAUGUAAAACAUUAUUUAAGUGUUCAGGUGAGUUAAAUAGGCACAUGUUAACCCACCGUGAGAAGAGAGCUCACCAGUGCAGCUUAUGUGAAAGUUCAUUUAUGUGUUCACUUACUUUAAAAAGGCACAUGUUAACCCACCGUGAGAUUCCAAAGAAAGCUUACCCGUGCACGAUGUGUGAAAGAUCAUUUGCAUAUUCAAGAAAUUUAAAAAGCCACAUGUUGACCCAUAGUAAUGUUAAAGCUCAUUUAAGUCGCUAAUUGAUUUAAAAAUGCACAUGUUGAGUCACAAUGAUAUGAAACCUUACCAGUGCAGCAUAUGUAAAAAAACUUGUAGGGGGUCAUCUGAUUUACAAAUGCACAUGCUUACCCACAGUGAUGUGACCUCACCAGUGCUAUCUGUGCAGAGUUAGUUCCAAGCAGAGGGCACUAUUAAACACAACAUGAUGAUUAAAGGGAUGUGAAAUCUCAUUAUUGCAGUGUAUUUAAACAACCACAUGGUAUGCUAUGGAUGAGAGACCUUAUGAGUAAUGUAUUAAAAGGUUGGGGUUUUUUUUUUUGAGGUUACAUGCUUAUUUAAAACAAUCCAGUGUUAAGUAAGGUUUUCUGUUAAUGACACUGGCAUUAACCCGUACUUCCUCAUGCAUGAAGUGUGUAGAGGUGGUGUUUGGCUGCCUUCCGUUAAGAGGAUCAAAUAAUUUGAAAGACCAUGUUAAAUCACUUUUUUCCCCAAUGUUGGUCCUUUCUUUGCACAUUUUGUCAUUACCUUCAUUUUUUUUCUUUGUAUUAAUCCAUGAUCUAGGAGAAAGGUGAUUUCUCUACCAGAGAAAUAGCUUGUCUUUUCAAUGAACAUGUACUGACAUUUAUGAGAAUCUUUGUGUUCUGUGUGUACAGCUGGGGUUUAGCUCCCAACCCCUAAAACAUGCACCAGAUUCAGCACCUUUUUGGGAGAUUUUCUCCCUGCUUUGCAUGCAUUAUGAAAGAUGUCUUGUACUUUCAAAAGCCAUGAAAAUCCAAGAUACGCUGUACUUUAGUUAGUUUGUAACAUGCUACGCUAUCUCUGAUGAUUGCAAAUGAAUUAUCAGUAUGUUUGUUUGUUUGAAUUGUGAUUUUAAUCGAUUCUUGUUGAUGAUGAUAACAAAAAAGGAUAAUGGAAUAAACUGAAUAUCAACUCUUGUCACAAACCCGCUACCCUAUAUAUUUUUUAAAUUUUUUUUUUUUUUUUUAAGCUAGGAAGGGAUAGGGAAAAGUCAUUGGAAGGGGGAGGUUGAAAGACACCUAUUACUGCUGCUGUCAGUGUCAACCAUACAGGGAUGGCCGGUCUUUGUUUUGAUUAAGUUGGUGUUGAUAGGCUUUUGUUCGAACAAAGAAAAGAGUGUGGUGGUGUUUUGGAUGUUUGUGGUGCGACUGGGUUUUUUCCUUGAUGGGAGCAGGAGAAGGGACAGUCUCCUCUGUGUUGUCAGUUUCUAUUGUAAACAAGUCUUGAAGGGACUUGGUGGUGUAGUCCUGACUGGACUGUACAAAUCCUGACAGAUUUGUAUCUUUAAUACUUUAUGUAACAUUGAACCUGUUGAGGUGAAUGUGUAUCUUUGUUGAUUUUUCGGUGAGUGUAUUUCUGUUGAUUCUCGAUGAGCCUGUGUUUAAUGUAGAAGAAUGAGGAAAUUUCUGAUGAAUGUGAUAUAUUUGUGUAUAUUUUAUGAAUAUGGUUGAACUCGCCAUUUGUCUAAAGAAUGGUUUUGGGUUUUUUUCCAGAUUUUUGUGUUUUUCUCUUUUGUUGUUACUCUUCUUCUUUGUAUCCGCCUGGGGUUCGCCAUUUGAAACUUCAGAGGACACUUUGUGCUACUUUAAGUGUGGAUUUUGUGCUGUUUCAAGUGGAGACUUUGUGGGGAAUUGAAGAGUGGGAAGGAACAUUAGAUGUUUUGUGACAGUGGAAGUGUUCGGACUGUGGGUUGGAAAAUUUGGAUUUGUUUUGUGUUUUCUUUUAAUUUCAAAUUAUAUUAUUUUCAAAAUUUUAAUUGUUGUCGGUGUUUUGAUUUAUCAUCCUCGUCUGAAAUGCACUGUAGAGUGCAGGUGACAACUCAAUUCUACUCCUUGUUCAAUGAAGACUGAGCAAAAUUCUGUGCAUGAUACUAAGACAGAAGAGUAGCUUGUGGUUAAACAUAAAGAGCAAGAUCAUUGUCAUACGGUAUAGACUGAGAAACCGAAUGAAUGUCAACCUAAUUUUAAAUCAUCACUCGAAACGAACACACAGAAAUGAAGCUUUUUCCCUUCAUUUAGAAUGAAGUGUAGAAAAUAGUCGACAAAUAGAACUUUUGACUGACACACAAAUAAUCCCUUACUAGUAGUGUUCCUAGAAGAGCAACUGAUAUAGUCAUUAACCUAAUUCUAAGCAUCUCUCUCUCACACACACAAAAAUAAAUCUUAUACUCUUGAACAGUAGGCGGGCUCUUCUGUAGGUGUCUGCCAUCCCUUGGGAUGACGGCUCCCGUCGGGCCGCGAUUUUGUGUGCCUGCAUGCUGGACAGACUGCGGCUCUCUUUUGUUGUUUCAGCCGUGCAACUUUUGAAUGGGUUAUGAAUAGUUUUGUGCAUGCAAUUGUGUAUGAAUUUUUUUUUUUUUUUUUCUUUCAAGCUGCACCAGAAUUGCCUUCUGGGACAAAUAAAGUUUCAUCUUAUCUUAUCUUGUUUACAAAAGAAAGUAUACAAAUAAAUUUUAAAUGAUGAUGACUAAUUAAUCUUAUUAGCAGUGUUGCCAAGUUUGUACAGGAAAAAGAAAUGGUGUAUCAUAGUAAAACACAAAACAUGCACCACUGUCAUUUCAUCUAAGGUUGAACAGCUUUAUUUAUCUAGGAUCAUCGCUUAUGUUACAAAUGGUUUCGAGUUCCCAUAUCAGACAUAACAUAUGUUUGCUUAAAACUCAAUAAAAGAAAUUCUCUAUCAACAAAAUGCGGAAUGCUUCUCUGAUAAUACUGUGCUUGAUACCAAUUACCUAAAAAAAAAAAAAAAUGUGCAGUACUGUUUAAACUUUUCAAUCUUGAACAAUCAAAUAAACCUAAAAAGGAGUCUACAAAGAAGAUGCAAGACUUUCAAUGAAUGCCUGACAAAAAAUAGUCAAGAUUGCUCUAUUAACUAAAAACAAUUAUCUAUGUAAAGAAGGUACAUAGUUUCUGACUGUUUAACAGCAUGUUCUGUGCUUAUGUUUUACGACUCCAUCAGACAUGUGCUUUGUGUUAGAAUGUUAGGGAUUGCCAGUUUCUAACGCUGUUGUGCUUGAUAAAUUUCAAUCAAAUUAACGUAGGCUGAAUUUAAAAAAGUAAAAAACCAAAUGCAUUUCUGACUGUGGCAGAUGGUCCAAAGAUGUACUUUGCCCACCCCUGCUAUAAAGUGUAGGCUUCACUACUACUAGAGUUACAGCUACCUCCAAUAACUGUACCCAAAUCUGUGAUGACAAAGACAUCACACUUGCAUUAGGGUGAAGGAUAUGAACCAUGUAUUGAUGCAAUGUGGAAGAAUGACAUUGAUGAGAAUUGUCAAGAAAUGAGUGCUGCUAGAUGUUUAACUCCUGAGGUGACAGAUAUAAUUAUAGAAAGUCAACAGCAUCAGAUUCAUCCAAAUGUUACUGAAGUCACCAUUGAUUCAGCAAAAGGAAUCCACAGUGAUGUGAAACCUUAGGAAUUUUUUGUGAAGCUUCAUUUAAGUUCUCAAAUCGUUUAAGACAGAGCAUGGUGACUCACGGUGAUAUGAGACCUUACCGAGAACACUCACCUGAGCAAUGUUCUUAAAGUUACCUUUAAAAGAUGAUUUAAUUUGAAUAAGUACUCCAAAAUCAACACUGUUUCUCAUAGCAUCUUCUUGCUUUCCGUAACUUUCAAAAAAUUCCUUUAGAAAGUUUAUUCCUUGAGGAGCACAGCCACAACAUCACCUCGCCAGCGGACAUUGUGUUACCAUUAGAGUCCCAGAUUUAUUUGAGAGUAAGUCCCGACUCAAAAUGUAAAACUUCAUUUGCUGUACUGACUUUACUUGAAAGUAGCUGAGGAUCAUGCAUGUGUUCUUUUACAAGUGCCCUUUCAGGGUCAUGGAAGUACCAUAAUUUCCUAAAUUAAGUUUGUGUAUGCGCGCACUCAUGCAAUUUGAUUUAGAAAGAACACUAUCAUAGUCACUCGGUGAAUUCUGAGAGUGAUAUAUAUAUAUGUAUAGUUGCAGCUGACAGUCAUUACCGCCAUCUAAUUUUUGAAUCCUUACCUCAAACAAACACAAAUGAAGCUUUGUCUGUUUGUUAUAAUGCUGUACAAAAGUGAAAUCUUCUAUCCACAAAAACAGAAGUUGAUGUUAAAGAUUAAAAUUAGAUGUUAAGGUUUUCAUCAAUGCCAUAUAAACUACUAUGCGUCCUGUUUGCUGUCUACGAUCUAUUAGGAUAUAAUUUUAAACAAUGUUUUUUCCUAGUUUUUUUAUUCCAAGGGAGACUAGUGCUACUGGCAGAAACUCUUGAAGUUGAUAGGUAUUAGCUCUCUUUAGAAAGUGUUAGAAUGUUAGUUUCCAGAGAGCUGACUAUUGAUUAAGGAAAGCUGAAAGAGGUGCAGCAGUGCACCCAAAUAAGUAGCACAUCAGUGACGCACACGUAUCCCAUCUGGUCACCGCACAUUAUUUACCCUAACCUACUUCAAGAAUUUCAUCACAGUCUUAAGAAAUGUUUACGGUUUUGUCAGAAACAAGUGAUUGUUAAUUUAGGUCCCUAACCUCACCAGGUUGAGCAUCAGCAAACUUUUGUGUGUCCACUUUCUACCAACAGCAUUUCACAUUUACAAAUGCAAGCAGUAGAAUUACUUUCUGUUCUUAGGCGGCGCAUAAGUACUAGCUAGCUGAGAAUCCACAUGGCCGACUCGUUGAUGAGCUAUCCUUGUGCAGAUUCUAAUUUUUUUUUUUUAAUGGUAAAGUUCAACCGUUUAAAAUUUUAUUGUUUAUAGAUAAACUGAUAGAUUAAGUAGGUUAGUCUUUUGUCGCGAUGUAUGCAAAAUAGUAACUGCUGAAUCAAAAGCUCUCUGGAAGUCAGUGAAGGCUACAUAUAGCUUUUUGUGAUGAACUAGCUGCUUCUUAAAAAUUGCCACUAAAGUAUAUGGUAUAUUGUGCUAUGAUCCCUCCUAAAGCCUGCUUUUUCUUCACCCAGAGUACUGUGUUGCUCAAUUCAUUCAUUUAUUCUUUUGUUAAGUUAAGAAAUGUAAAUAUUGCUCCAGAUGUUAAGGAGAGAAAUACCUCUAUACUCUAUAGUUUUCUCAAUCUGAAGGCUCAGGUAAGGUCCCUAUAUAACACUUUUUUAAGAAAAAUAAAUUUGCAAAUAACAUCACCCUUUUUAUGUAAAAGGUUGGAUGGUAGCUUCAGCAAACAAACCAUUUUUAUAAAGAUGAUUAAAGUAAACUAAUAGAAAAGAAGUAAUGAUCAUAAAGAAUGUUUGAAAAGCUCAAAAUCAACCCUUUGGGCCCUGAUGUGUUAUUGUUUUUCAGUUUGAGUGAGAGAGAAAGAGUGUGUAUGUGUGUGGAGGAGGAUAGUAAUAGCUGAUUACUGACAAAUGUGUGUGUCAUGCUGUACCGCUGAAAGAAUAUUCAUUUACAUAUUCAUUUAACUGUUUCUCCACAGAAGCUACAAAGUUGUGGAACCUCAUUUUCAGUGUUGUCAACUUUUCAGAUAGUACAGGGUUUUUAAAUUCAUCUGCAGAAUCAUCAUGAAGAGGAACCAAGUCAAAUGAUUGCUUACAUUCUUUUUCUUUUUCAGUGUCAGGUAUUUCAUUAAGUGAAUCUUCCUGAUCCUGUGUCUGCACACAUUCAUAUUCUGCGAUCGAGUCAUCCUUACCAAUUUAAUAUUGUAAUUACAAAUUACCUUACGUUGGAAACACGUUUGGGCAAGAAAAUAAAAAUUAAAGGAGUGUAAAAAUGGAUAUAAAAAUGGAAACUGGCUCAGUCAAAAUAAUGAACGGAAAGGAUGUUAAUUUGCUGUACUGGUGGCUGACGACAACUCUCUUGCCCCCGACACACAGAGGCAGCAGUACAAAGCAGCACGCAGCUAUCCAAUGCAGGGGCUGUCUCACCUUCAUGUCUUCGAUACACUUUGACCCUCGUAACUUGACAGAAAGUACACAAAACGAUUAGACACAACAUAUACAUACCGGGAUUGUGACGAACACGUUGUUGUGGUCAGGUCGAGCCGCACGUGCUGAACGAGUGACUGUGUGGAUUCUCGGGUUUUUAACUGUUUUUAUUUUAAAUGCGUUUCGAAAGUUGUAGAAGGGGUAGCGGGGUUGUUAACAUAUUUUUGUUAUUUGUAUGGUGGUGACAGAGGAGUAAUUGUAUUGACUGUCUUUUCUUACUUGUGUGUAUGUUGAACUGGCAAAUGUAAGGAUAAAUGCCUGAGUGUAGUUUGCACGCUUAAGAGCUGCACUAACAAGAAUGCAGCCUUUUAAUGACAUUUUUUGUUUUUAAAUCUCGGCCUUUCUUACUAAUCUAAUCGGUCUGUUUGUUGAGGCAAUUUGUACA